GCCAUGUGAGAGCAUUUCGAGAGGAAGAGCGGACUCUCCUUACUCUCGGCCGUAUCAGGGCAUUUGGGGGCGAAGAUAGAUAGCGAAUACUAAAAUUUCUGGAAUAUUUAUAAAGUACUUUUAGAUCAAUUACAAUUCGAAAGCAUGACGUACAGAAAUUUGUCGCAAUAUUACACAAGUGAUAUUAAAAAUUCCUUACUGGUAUUUGAUGCAUCAAUUAUUCAUGUCAACAGGAAGUAGUAAUAGUGCUUACACUAUAAAAGACGAAAAAAUUAAUCGACAAAGAUUCAGAACAAUGUGAUGGUUAUUUCAAUUAGAUUAUGAAAUCUACAAUCAUAAAGGGCUCUUGCUACUGCAAACUUACAAUUGUCAUUACAGAACGAUGCAGACCACAGUGUGGUUUCCUCAUACUCCGAGUAGCUUCCCACUUCAAAGAUGACUUUAAACCGGACGAUUUUAUUUUGGAGCAACAUUGUCGUGGGAUAUCAUUAGAAAAACUUCGUGAUGAUCUUCUUCAAUAUUCUAACAUUCUUAAGUCCAGUUUAAUUGAAUUGAUCAAUCAAGAUUAUGCUGAUUUUGUAAGUCUAUCAACAAAUCUUGUUGGUUUGGAUAAAUCAGUUGAUACGAUUGUCACACCAUUGAAACAACUACAAUCUUAUGUAUCGUCAGUCCUUGAUGAACUUGAAUCUACUGAUCAAGAAUUAUCAGCUAAGUUGAAAUCUCUUCAGCAUAUAAAAAAUGAAAAGGAUUAUGCAGAUAGUUUAUUCACAUUGGAUGCAUGUGUGUCGCGUUUAGAACGUUGGCUAACACAAUCAAAUCAACCAUCAGUGAAUAAAGAACAAACUAAUGACCAAUUAGAUCAUAAAUCUAAUAACAUCAUGUUAGGUGACAGUGAUAAUAAUGAAAAUGAGACGUCAAAAGGUAUUAAUAAUGAUGUCGAUGAAAACGAAUUAGAUAUAUGGCCGCCUGAAUUCUAUGCUGAUUGUUCUCUUCAUGAAGAUAUUGGACAACGUAUGGAUCGAAUUGCUAAUGAAUACAUUAAACUUCAAUUUUUCAAUAAAAAGUGUCGUGGUCAUCCAAUUUUAAAUUCAUUAAAACCACGUAUUAAUUGGAUUACAAUAAAUCUUCAAGAACAAUUAGAGAUACGUUUAAAGGAGAGUUUUAAUGCAUGUUGUUUAACAGUAAUUAAUACAAAUGUUGAUUGUACAAUACCGAAACAUUCUAUUGAACAAUUAAGACGAGUUAUUUCUACAUAUUUGGCUAUUGAUAAAUUAUCUGAUUUAUUGAUACUAUAUCGUAAAUUUGUACUUCAUGAUCAACUUAGCCAGAUAUUUACUCCUCGAUCUGAAUUGACUCAUGCAGGUUCUGACACUGCAGUAGCUGCUGAGACUUUGAACUCAAUGUACACCAAAGCACUGAAAGUUCUUGAUUCACAAAUUUAUUAUGUGAAAGAACAGAUCAUUAAAUGCUCACCUGAAGGCUCUGAACCUUUAUCGGAUUUCGAUUGUUUAGUCGGUGGAUUUUGGCCUGAAACAAUUGAUCUUAUCUGUAAUAAUCUACCGGAAAUAUUUUCUCCAGGUCAUCCAGACAGAUUCUAUUCACGUUGGUAUUGAUACACCAACUUCCCAUAUACAAGUCCCAACCUGCUGGUGAGUGAGAAGACUAAGAAUGAAGAAGGAAAUUUAUUAGGCUAAACCGAUUGACAUGCGUAAGUCUCUUAUAUAUAUACUCUGUAGUAAAUAAAUCCAUUUCUUUGCUAAUCACAUGCACUUAUCAACACGACUAAAUUUUCAACUUAACUCGAGCAAUGUAAGUAAAAAGAACAUUCUGUAAAAUAGAAUCACUUCAUUGUAUUUAGUUGCGUUCUCCUAAGCUGCAUACAAGCUAAUAAUUUUGCUUAAAACAAAAAUACGCAUUCUAAAUCUCCUUACUUGCCACAAUCCAUCUAUUUUCUAACAUUUGUAAAACAAUAGCUAUAUCGAGGCAAUCCACACAGGUUGCGCUUAUACUAAGACUGAUCAAAAUUCAGUCUUAAAUAUCAUCAAUGAGAUAAUUCAAACUCUUACUAAUAAUGAUAUAGACACCAUACCGCGUUGAAUAAGUUAGUGAUAAUUUGGAAUUUGUAACUCAAUGGAUAACUGAUUGACGUUUGAACCAAAAUGUUCUUGGUUUGAGUUCCAACGUAAAUGCCAACACUGGGUUCCAAAUACAUUCUAGUGAUGAUUUCCAAAUAAGAAAAAGUGCAGAUUUUGGAUUCCACUUCUAG